GCUCACCAAUGCAUAGUGGUUCAAGCCAUCUCAGUCGGCCCACUCAUGCGCACAGCUGAGAUGAUUUCACCGGGCGUACCAAUGCAAGUUGGUGGAGCCCUUAGAUGCCAGACAGCCACAGAGGAUUUGGACAAGGUGCCUCUUCCCUAUCAGCGGCCAUCAAUAGUGGGGGGACGAAGCAGUGGAGCGCAGCGCUGCGAUUGCUCAGCGACGCGUCACAACUGCGUGCGAAAGUCGGCCCAUCUCAGUACACUGCGGCUGUCAGCACAUGCGGUAAGGGCAGGCAGUGGGCAUGGGCGUUAUUACUUCUCAGCGAGAUGGCCGAAACGAAGUUGGAGCCCAACAUCCUAUUAUUUACAUGUAUGGGGACGGCGUGUUCGAGAAAAGGCCAGGGAUCAAUUGCUCACCCUGGGCAGCUUUGUUGGCUGAACCUCCCCAGAGGUUUCGCUGCCGCGCCGGCGCUGGUCAGCGGCGUCGCCGUCAAUGCUCCGCGUUUUACAUGCACCUCAUGCUCUCGUGAUCGAUCGCUUACGUGCUUACGCUGGCGUCGCUCGUACGCGUAGUCCACCAGACAGCCCUAGGUUAGCUACAACGCUGGGAUCAGCGCUUGUGAGAGAGGCGGGCAGUGGCAGCAGGCUCUGUCAUUGCUCAGCGAGGUGUGGAAGGGUAAUCUGCAGCCCGACGUCAUCAGCUACAGCGCUGGGAUCGGUGCGUGCGACAAAGGCGGGCAGUGGCAGCGGGCCCUCUGGUUGUUCAGCCAGAUAUGGAAAGAGAAGUUGGAGCCCGAUGUCAUCUCAGCUACAGCGCUGGGAUCAGCGCGUGCGAGAAAGGCGGACAGUGGCAGCGGGCCUUGUCGCUGAUCCGCGAGAUGCGGGAGGAGAGGCUGCAACCCGACGUCAUUUGCUACAGCAUUGGGAUCAGCGCGUGCGAGACAUGCGGCCAGUGGCAACAGGCCCUGUCUUUACUCAGCGAGAUGCCGGAUCAGAAGAUCGAAGCCAACGUGUCAGUUACAACGCGGGCAUCAGCGCGUGCCGAAAGGCUGGACAGUGGCAGCGGGCGCUGCGGCUGCUCUGCGGUGUGCGAGAAGAGCACAUGGAGCCCGACGUUGUCUCCUCUGUGGCUGCAGCGCGUGCAAGUUGGCGAGCAGCACCUCUCGCCGAGGGGGGGGACAGCCGGCCGCCGCCCAGCCGGCCAAAGGGCGAUCGCUACAGCGCUGGGAUCAGCGCGUGCGACAAAGCUGGGCAGUGGCAGCAAGCACUGAUGUUGUUCGGCAGCAUGUGGGAGGCGAAGGUGAAGCCCAACGUCAUCACCUACAACGCCGGAAUCAGUGCCUGCGAUAGUGGCGAACAGUGGUUGUAUGCUUUAUCGUUGCUCAGCGGGAUGCAGAAGGCAGAGCUUGCUCCCGACGUAGUCAGUUACAGCGCUGGGAUCAGCGCGUGCGGGAAAGGUGAGCAGUGGCCGCAGGCUUUGUCGUUGCUGAGGGAGGUGUGGGAUUCGAAGUUGGAGCCCGACGUCCUCAUCUACAGCGCCGUGACACGCGCUUGCGUUAUUGGCGAGCAGUGGCAGAGGGCCCUGUCGUUGCUCAAGGAGAUGUGGGAGGCGAAAGUGGAAGCCGACGUCAUCAGCUACAGCGCCGGGAUCAGCGCGUGUCAGAAAAGCAGGAAGUGGCAGCAUGCGCUGUCGUUUCGGAGCGAAAUGCGCGAGGUAAUGUUGAGGCCCACUGUCAUCAGUUUCAGCGCUGUGAUCAGCGCGUGCGAGAAGGGCGGGCAGUGGCAACAGGUGUUCUCGCUGUUCAGCGAGAUGUGGGAGAAGCAGUUGGAGCCAAACGUCAUCAGCUACAACGCUGGGAUAAGCGCUUGCGAGAAAGGUGGUCAGUGGCAGGAGGCUUUGACGCUGCUCAGCGAAUUGUCGGAAGCGCAAGUGGAGCCUGACGUUACCAGUUAUAAUGCAGGGAUCAGUGCUUGCGCGAAGCGUUCGUUGUGGGAGCGAGCCCUGUCGUUGCUCAGCGAAAUGCGAGACGUAGAGUUAGAGCCCACCGUGAUUAGUUACAAUGCUGGAGUCAGCGCAUGCGAAGAAGGUGGACAAUGGCAGCAUGCGCUGUCAUUGUUCCACGGAUUGCGGAAGGUGCAGCUGGAACCCGACGUGAUCAGCUACAGCGCUGGGAUCAGUGCGUGCGAGACCGGGGGGCACUGGCAGCUUGCUCUGUUGCUGCUCAGCGAGAUGCGGGACGCGAAGGUGGAGUCCACUGUGAUCUGCUACAACGCCGGGAUCCGCGCAUGCGAGAAAGGUGGCCAGUGGCAGCAGGUGUUGUCGAUGGUGAGCGAAUUCCAGGAGACGAAGUUGGAGCCAGACGUGACCACCUGCAGCGCUGGCAUAAGCGCGUGCGAGACUGGGGGGCAGUGGCAGCAGGCGCUAUCAAUGCUCAUCCAACUGACAGAGGCGAGAUAGGACACCGCCCCGAUCCAUCACAAUAUGUCACGACGUUGAAGAGAGCGUCUUCUACAGGCCCUGCACUGCGCAAAGUCCAAGCGGUCCGCUCGCUGGAGCUGGGACCCCUACCCCUCUCAGUCGAGAGGGGGAGGGGUCCCGUUUCCGGCGAGGGUGGGGAUGUCUGAAAGUCUGGAAGUCUCGGACAUCCCCCCUUCCCCCA